CACCGCAGUCAGUCGGUCUCAGAAGCGCUACUAGCCAUACGGAAUGUCAAUCGCUACCCACGAGAUACAGCUCCAUUUGUAUCGAGCUGGUAACAACAUUCAUGUGAUUCCGAUAUCUGAAGCAGUAGAAUGUUGCCACUGAGCCCUCAGUCGCACUCCAAAUGUACAGAAGUUGCACAGACGGAAGAUCCUCGAAAUGUCAUAUAUGAGAUACGAUAUUCGAAGACAGCCAAGGCGACAAGAGUGUGCAUAGGACAGCACUCAUCUAAAGUUAGAAGAUGCAUAAAGGCUCUAUAUAGUUUUGGGAAGCCGUGCGGCGCUGACUCUAACUUUGUCCAACAAAGCGAUAGAGCUGCUCAGGCGCAUGAUGUUGUUGGAUGAUGUGCGAUUCGAAGGAAAAGGCGAGCACUGGCAAGCGGCUAAAACUCGGUUGAUCUG